AUGUUUUUUAUUUUGUUAUCAUUUUUGACCAGCCUAACAAAAGGGGAUUGGAUUCAAAUUGACUAAAGUUUUUACGAUACAUCUAUUUAAAGUAAUAAUUGGAAAACAAGAAAACAUUGUGAUUGCAAUGAUUGUAAUGAAAAUUUUGAAGAUGGAUAAUGUUCUUCUAAUUCAUUGGAUUAUUUGAGAUUAAAAAAAGAUAGAGAAAGAGUUGAAAAAUAAUUUGACUAACAAGGUUUUUAAGUUUAUGUAAUCUUUGAUGCUUACUAUAACUGGGCAGAUUCAUCAAAGGACAGCCAAUUAAAAUUAACAUAUUACGAAGACUAUUCAUCCCAAACAACUUUAUACUCUAGAUCAUAUAAAAAUUCUGACCUUACUUAAGAUUCAAAUCGAAUAUGUAAUUAUUGGGAUGACUAUGAUUUUGAUCUAAUUACAGUUGUAAGUACAACAAAAACAAAAACUAAUAACGUUAAUAAAUUUACAAUAGCACUUUGUUUAGAACCAGAAAAAGGUUAUGUUUCUGUUAAUAUUAGAAACUUGUUAAUAUAUGUGAACCUUUGUUAUCCAACUUGUAAAACUUGUUCUAGUUCUACUUUAUGUUCAUCAUGUUAUUAUCAAUCACCAACCUCAGGUUCAUGUUAAUGUGAUCCUUCUCAUUAAUUUGCUGAAUCUGCUGUUGGAUGUAGAUAAGAGUGUGAACGAGAUUUUUUUAUAGCAAGAUCAGAUAAAAUUUGUGUUCCAGAUAGGAGAAUAAAAUCUAAUUAAAAAUAUUUUGAUUCAAGCGACAUAUCAAAUUCUAAUUUUCCCAGAUAUAAACCUUUUUAAUUUAUACCAGAUAUUUUUAAUUAUUAAAAUACUGAUUUAGUUUAUGAUAAUUGUGAUAAUAAUGAUUUUGUUGGAGAACUAUAUUUUAAUGAAGGCAUGUAAUUAUCUUUGGGUAAAAUAGACGCCAUUAAAUUUUUUAGACUGAGAGUUACAUUUUAUUGUUUUAAUUUUCAAACAGAUAGCAAGAUUUAAAUUUUUGUUGAUAAUAUAUAGCAAGGAGAGUUAUUAAAAACUUCAUCAUCUUAUUCUUACAAUAAAAUUAUUAAAAUUUUUACUGAUUCAAAUUCAUGCGAUUCUAAAUCGUAUACAUUAAUUAGAAUUGAAUCAGUUUUAAGAACAUAUUCAGAUAAUCCUUAAUUGCUUAUUUAAGGAAAGUUAUAAAUUUCUAGUGAAUCAUGGGGAUUUAGAAAUGUGACAAUAGAUACUGGAUUAUGUUAAGAAAAUUGUAAAACUUGUUCAGACUUUUCAACAUGUUCUUUGUGUGAGACAAGCUAUAUUCUUUAUUAAGGUGGUUGUAUAAAAACUUGUCCUGUGCAUUCUGCUAAUUGUAUUGAUUAUGCAGAUAUGAAAUUAUGUAAUUAUAUCAUUUUAAAAAUAGAUUCUCGAUAUUUGGCAAAAGGAUUUUUUGAUCUAAAUAUGACUUCAUAGUAAGUUGAAACAUUUUACACAUCUGUUUCAGCUCCUGGUGGUAGCAGUAAUUGGAAAACAGGAUAAAAGUUCUCUUUUUUUCCGAAUAAAUUUGUCUUAGGCGGUAUUAUGGUAUGGAACAAUGCUAAAUUUAUAAAAUCAUGGGUAAUCACAGAACCCCAUUAUGCAGUUACUAUUAGAUUUAAUGUCACUUUUGGAGAUGAAUAUUCAGGAAACUUUUAUUAUACAAUUGGAACCUCACAAAGCAUUGCACAUCAAAAACCAGGUAGUGGGUAAAAUAUCAUUGGUAAAAAUAAACAAGAAAGAAUUAAAUACUUUGAAAUUUAUUUAGAUCCUUUUAAGUCAUCUCCUUUAGAUCUUGAAUUAGAAUGCACAGGAGGUGAUUCUGAUAUUAGGGAAGAAUUCUGUGCCAUAUCUGAGUAUUUUAUUGUAGUUCAUUAUGUAAUAUCAAAUUUAAAAUUAGUGCCCACCGUUUUGUUCAGAUUGUUCUAGUGCAACAGUUUGUAAUACUUGGAUUUCAGGACGCACUAGUUCCUCUUGUUUAUCGACUGAGUUUUUAUCUUUUGAUGAGAUUACAAAGACUUACAGUUGUGUUACAUGUAACUAACCUGGUUGUUUAACAUGUAAAAGUUAAGAAGAUUGUACAUCUUGUACUUACACAUCUACUAAUAAAUUCUAUUUAGUAAAUGGUAUAUGUUAAUGUUUUCCAUUCAGUUAUUUAUCUGGUAAUUUAUGUUUGUCGUGUAAUAAAUAUUGUGAAAAUUGUAAUGGAGGAGGAUACAGCGAUUGUAUAACUUGCGUUUCCGAUUUUCACAGAUCAAUUUCAUUUAAUAAAUGUUUAUGUUAACCUGGAUAUUAUGAUGAUGGAGUAAAUUUACCUUGCUUACCAAAAUGUGGAGACUAAAUAGUAGUUGAUGGAGAAGAUUGUGACGAUGGAAAUUUUAAUCCAUUCGAUGGAUGUCAUAAUUGUGUUUAUAGUUGUGAUUCUGGAUGUAAUAUAUGUGUAAGAGGUAUUUGUGAAGAUUGCAAUGAUGGAUUUUAAUUGAUUGAAAAUAAAUGUGUGAGUAUUUGUUAGGAUAAUAAGAUAGUAUCUAAUGAAUAAUGUGAAGAUAACAAUUUGAUACCAUAUGAUGGUUGUUUCAAUUGUCAAUAUUAAUGUAUAAAAUAUUGUUUGACUUGUGUAUUUGGUGUUUGUUUAAAAUGUUAAGAAUCAAAUGGAUGGUAUUUAGAAGAUAAUAUUUGUUAAUCAAGAUGUGGUGAUGGAAUAGUUACAUAAUUAGUAGAAUAAUGUGAUGACCAAAAUGAGAAUCCUAUUGAUGGUUGUGAUAAAUGUGAAUACUCAUGUAUACCAAAUUGUUCAUUAUGCGAAAAGGGUAAGUGUUUACUAUGUAAUUCUGGUUAUUCUUUGAAAUAAAUGAUUAAUGCUUGUGUACCUCUAUGUGGUGAUGGACUUUUAGUGGAUUCUGAGAUAUGUGAUGAUGGAAAUAUAAUUUAAUAUGAUGGUUGUUUUAAAUGUAAAUUAAGUUGUCAAGAUUCAUGCACUAAUUGUUCAAAUACAGGUUGUUUAGAAUGUAAUAUAAAGGGAUGGGAAUACAAUCCUUUAGAAAUGAAAUGUGAAACAAUUUGUGGUGAUGGAAUACGAAUAUAAGAUUAUGAAGAAUGUGAUGAUUUAAAAGAUUUAGGAUGUUAUAAGUGUAAAUAUUAAUGUUAAGAAUCUUGUAAAAUAUGUUAUCAUGGUUAUUGUCUAAAAUGUAAAAAAGGAUGGAGAUUGGAUUCGUUUGAAAAAUAUUGUUACCCAUAAAGUGGAGAUUCAUUGAUUGUUGAUAAUGAGUAAUGCGAUGAUUUUAAUUAAUAUCCUUAUGACGGUUGCUAUUUAUCUCAAUAUUAAUGUUAGCAAUCAUGUUUAAAAUGUUAAUGGGGAAUGUGCUAAAUUUGUAGUAAUGGCUAUUAUUUAUCUUCUAAUAAAUGUUACGAAAUUAAUGAUGAUGGCUUAAUAGUAGGAUAGGAGAUAUGUGAUGAUAUGAAUCGAGUAGGUUAAGAUAGUUGUUUUUAAAAUAGAUAUGAUUGUCCAAGAUUUUGCUCAUUUUGUGUAGGAGGGCUGUGUUAAAAAUGUUUGAAAUCCUCUGGAUAUGGAAAAUUGGAUUAAUUUAAUAAUAAAUGUAUAUCCUUUUGUGGAGAUGGGAUAAAGUCGAUGGAUGAAGUAUGUGAUGAUGGCAAUUAAUAACCAUAUGAUGGUUGUUUUAAUUGCUAAUAUUCUUGUGAUUUCUAUUGUGGAAUUUGUAAUGAAGGAAAAUGUGAUGAGUGUAUAAAUGGUUAUUAUCUAAAUACAAAAACAAAUACUUGUUUUAGUAUAUGUGGUGAUGAGAUAGUUGCUCUAAAUGAAUCAUGUGAUGAUGGCAAUAAGAUUAGCGAUGAUGGAUGCUCUGAUUGUAAUUAUUAAUGUCAUAAAUAAUGUACCACUUGUAUAGAAGGUCUUUGUUAUCAAUGCACUGGAAUCGGAUGGGAAAUAAAUACAAUGACUAGAGAUUGUUAACCAGUUUGUGGUGAUGGAAUUGUAAUAGGUAAAGAAUAAUGUGAUGAUGCCAAUGAAAUAGGAGAAGAUGGAUGUUUUGAAUGCUAUUUUGAAUGUUAAAAAUAAUGCACUAAAUGUAUAAAAGGUUUUUGUGAAGAAUGUAAUACUAAAGGUUGGUAAUUGGAUUGGAAUUAUUGUAUUCCCAUUUGUGGGGAUAAUCUAGUAGUUGGAAAUGAAGAAUGUGAUGAUGGUAAUACUAUACCUUAUGAUGGAUGUUUCUAGUGUUUAUAUUAAUGCUAGCCUGAAUGUACAGAUUGUAAAUAAGGAGUUUGUUAGGCCUGUUAGGUUUAAGGAUGGGAUAUAAAAAAUAAUGUUUGUUUUCCAGUGUGUGGUGAUGGAUAUGUUGUUAAAGGAUAAGAAUAAUGUGAUGAUGGUAAUUCAAUAGAAUUUGAUGGUUGUUUUAUGUGUUAAUAUCAAUGUGAAGAAAUGUGCACUCUUUGUGAAUUAGGUAUAUGUUAUGAAUGUGAUGUUCUUGGUUGGGUAGUUGAAACUCAUAGAUGUACUCCUUAUUGUGGAGAUGGAAUAAUCAUUGGCUAUGAAUAAUGUGAUGAUAUGAAUGAUGAUUUUAAUGAUGGUUGUUAUAAAUGUUUAUUAGCUUGUGAUUAAUAUUGUAUAGAAUGUACUGAAGGAGUGUGUUAAAAAUGUGAAUUAGGAAGAUUUGUAGAAUCAAAUAUUUGUCUUGCAAAAUGUGGAGAUGGAUAUUUUGUAAAGUCAUCAGAAGAAUGUGAUGAUGGUAACUUAGAUGAUGGUGAUGGUUGUAAUUCUAAAUGUGUUGUUGAAAAUGAUUUCACCUGUUUUAAUACUGAAGGUAGUUUCUCGAAUUGUUUUUAUUCUAAGCAACCUUCAUUUACAAUAAAUCUUAUCACUAAAGUUCCUGAAGAUUUUGAGGAUGUUUAAGUUAAAUUUGAUCAAAAAAUGAAGUUUGCUAGCAAAGUAAAUAAUGACAUUUCCAAUUUCAUUAAUGUUGAUAUAUUAAAUAUGGAAAAUAGUGAAUUCUAAAUCACUUAAAGUGUUUUCAAAUCUAGUACUACUGAUGAAAUAACCGAAAUUAUUUUAAAUUUCAGAGUCAACUUUUUUGUUCCUGUUGAUAAACCUUUAUUCUAAAUCACAUUUUUUGAUGAUCCUAUUCUCUCAGAAUUUAAUUUAACCCUCAUAGAAUAAUCUAAGUAAUUAGUUUUACUAACACCAUCAGUUCUUAGUUAAGCUUAAAAAGAUAUUGCUGAUAGUGCUUCAGCAUUCAACUAAGCUGUAAUAUACUCUUUAGCUGGACUAUCUUCUUUAUGUUUACUUACAGGAUCUUCAGAUAUAUUUUGGAAUCUCAUGGAUUAAUUACAAUACUUAUCUUACAUUAAAUAUAUCAAUAUUCAAUUCCCAAAUAAUCUCAAUAUCUAUUUUGAUGUUUUUAAAUUGAUUACCAUUUCUCCUUUAAUGUCAACACUUGGAAUUGAUGAGAUAUUUAAUUCCUUAGAUGGAGAUGCCACUUAUUAUAUUCCUACCUCUUAUAAAUUUCAUAAAGAUGAAAUUAAUGCUUACUUUUUUACUAAUUUUUAGAGCUUUCUAUUCUGUUUCCUUUCUGCAUAUGGAGGUUAUUUGGUUACUAAAUAUGCACAUUUGCUAUUGUAUAGAAUGGGACCUUAUUACAUAUCAAAAGUAAAUUUAACUAUUGGAAAAUUGAUUUAUUCAACAAGAAGAAGUUUGAAAAAAAAAUCAAAAGAAUUUUAUUACAAUGGAAUUUUAAGAAUAAUGAUGUCAAAUUCAUAUGAUGUUUGUUUUGCCAUGACUAUUUAAUUGUCUUAUUUUCAAAGCCAAGAUUCUGUCCUAAUUUUCAACUCUUAUUUAUCAGUUGGAGCUUUUAUAUCCUAUAUUUCUAUCUCAAUUUAUACUUUUAGUGUAAUGCAAAGCUUCUCAACAACUACCACUUUAAAACCUAAAAAAUAAUUUGAGGCUUUAUUUGAAGGAAUUUUAGAAUCAAAAUCUAUAUGGGUUACUUAAUAUAAUGGUGUAUUGCUUAUUAAAAAAUUGGUUUUCAUUAGCCUAAUAGUAUUUAUGUAAGAGGAAGGUCAAAUCUAAACUUUAUGUAUUGCCAUUAACUAAACAGUAUUCUUAUGCUAUCUUAUCUCAAACAAACCUUUAACAAAUUCUUAUGAAUAUAUGAAAACCAUUAUUACUGAAACAAUGAUAAUUUUUAACACAGUCACAUUCCUCAUCUAUGCUUACAGAGUAGAACUCUCUUUAACUCUAGAAAACUCGAUAAAUUUAGGAUGGAUCCACAUAUUUACAUCUACAUCAAUUCUAGCUGUCUCAUUUAUAUUUGACUUUAUUUAACAAUCUAAAAUACUUAUAGAUAAGUUAAAAAAGUUAAUUCAAGGCCCAUAAGUAGAAGAUUAAGGAGCCCCUGUUACAUUAUUUUAUUGA